UUCCUAAGCCCAAUGUAGCGUCGUUCGCCAUGGCUGAAUCCACCGCGAACAAGCAGAGCAAUAACGGAGCACAAGGAAACGAAGAACAAGAAGAUGACUACAUGGGUGACCUUUCUCAGUUUCUUCCUUCAGAGGCUUCUGACCCUCCAAAGUCUUCAUCCAAAAAGAUCUCUAACAAGAAAGAUCCUUUAGUCAACUCUUCCAAGAAUCAGUUGAAAACUCUUAACUGGCAAGAACGGCGAAAACUUGAAAGAGAAAGAAAACAACAAGAGGAGGAUGAGCAAACAUUAGCAAAAGUGGAAGCACCAAUACCGCAAUCCAACAUUGGGUUUAAGAUGCUCAAACAGAUGGGUUAUACUCCUGGUUCUGCCCUUGGCAAGCAGAGCUCAGGCAGGGCUGAACCAGUGGGGAUUGAAAUUCGACGGUCACGAGCUGGUAUAGGCUUAGAUGAUCCCCACAAGGAGAAGAGAAAAAAGGAAGAAAUCAUGAUCAACAGGAAACGGAGGAAAGAGGAGGCCCUAAUGGAAGAAUUUGGGUCUAUGCAGAAGUCAAGGUGGCAGAGUAGGAGAGUUGUAAUUAAUUUCAAUAAGGCAAAGGCUGCCCUUGACCAAUUGGAGAAUAGGGAAAUUGUGGAGCCACAAAAGAAUGAGGAUGAUGCAGAGGGUGAAGAUGAAGAAGAGGAAGAAAUAACGGAAGAGGACUUGCACGAACUUUUGAUGAAACUGAGGGAUGAGUUUAAUUAUUGCCUCUUUUGUGGAUGCAGAUACGAAUCAAAGGAUGCUCUUUUGGCCAACUGCCCUGGAACCAAUGAAGAUGACCACUAAAUAGAAGGUUUCUGAUAUGGAGAGUGAACUUUCAGAUUUGUUCUCAUUCUGAAGCAAGUGUUGUUAGCUGUAAAUGCAUAUUCAAAUGGAGAUGGAUGAGAUCAAAUCAGGUGAAUGAUUGAGCCUUAAGUCAAUCUCACUUUUGCACCACAAUGGGUCCUUAUGGCGCUUCUUGUGCCAACUAGAAUUGUCUGGAGUGAACUCUCAUUACAAUUCAACUUGACAAAGUGCUCUACUCUUCAUUUUCUGAAUUUUAGAUUGUGAACAUUUAUAAAGCUUAUAUCGCCUUCCAUUCUUAUCUCAACUUCACAAACGGAUUGCUCCAAAUUUUUGUAGAAUCCAUGGCUUUUUACCGCAUUGAUAUAAAA